GCAACACAAGUGUGACGUCAGCCGUCCCGGUGCGACCCUGCUGCUGUGUCUUUGAUUGGAGGGAAACCCCGUGGAUGAGCGGGAGAGAUCGUCAGCUGUGCGGCCGGGAAGCAGGAACAACACCGUCUAACGACACUCACAGGAGCCAUGGAGAAAGUAGAUCAGUUGAUACAUCGGGCCAAGCUGUGCGAGCAGGCCGAGCGCUACGAUGACAUGGCCGAAGACAUGAAGGAGAUCACGCAAAUGCUUAAAGAGGAGCUCAGCAACGAGCUGCGCAACCUGCUCUCUGUCGCCUACAAGAACGUGGUGGGGGCCAAGAGGUCCUCCUGGAGGAUCGUGUCCAGUUUGGAGCAGAAGUGUGAAGACAGCGGGAAGCUCAUAGUUUUCAAGGAAUACAGAUGUAAAAUCGAGAAGGAGCUCAAUGACGUCUGCAAGGAUGUGCUGGAUCUGCUCGACAACUGUCUAAUCCCCAACGCAAAGUGUAGUGAGAGCAAAGUCUUCUACCUGAAGAUGAAGGGAGACUACUACCGCUACGAAGCCGAGGUGGCUGAUGAAGAAAGCAGGAAGGAGAUCAUCGCCAAGUCAGAAGAGGCCUAUCAGGAAGCCUGGGAAAUUUGCAAAAAAGAACUGACGCCUACACAUCCCAUCCGCCUCGGGCUUGCUCUGAACUUUUCCGUCUUCUACUAUGAGAUCAAGAACUCACCUGAACAGGCCUGCAAACUGGCCAAGGAGGCCUUUGAUGAUGCCAUCGCUGAGCUGGACAAGCUCGACCAGGAGUCCUACAAAGACAGCACCUUGAUCAUGCAACUGCUCCGUGACAAUCUGACACUGUGGACGUCAGACAGCCAACCUGAGCCCGAGGGUCAGCUUGAUUAUGCAGGAGAGCCAACGGAGCAGGCAGCGGACAAGAACUGAACUUCCGAAAUGGAAAAAAGACAACACACACACACACACACAUUUUUUACCUCUCACCAGCCUAAGUUGUGUGCGUGGUUGUGUGUGCACAUACAUGCACAGAUAUGUAUGUUUACAUCACACUCGCAGUGUGUAAAGUACAGUAUGUGUGCGCAGAUACAUUGAAGCGUGUAUGUUAUUGUUUGAGCACCCCCACAGAGAAAAGAAUGGGAUAGUUUUUUCUUUUGAACAUUACUCAUUGUGUGAACCAGUGAAUGUUCAUUUUUUAUUUUUUUUGUCUGUUUGACUCCAGAUGAAAUCCCUCCUUUAGAACCAGUGCAGCCCCAUGGUCUUUAACCUUAUUCACUGUAGCAAACUGCUGCUGCUGUUGCAGAAAAACCAACAAAAAAAAACUCGACCUGUAACUUUAGUCAUUUGUAUGUUUUUACUUGAACUGAACAUUUAAAACCUUUGUGACACUUUGGUCCACAAAACUCCUUUGAAGCAAUGUUAGGUGUAAAAAAUUAGUCACAUUCACUAAAUUCUACAUCUGUCAAUAGCAGUGAUUAUAUACCGUAGCCAGGUUUUACCUUGGUAAAGAUCUAUUACCAUAUUGUAUCCAUCCCGCCUCGUCAGUGUCCAGUGUAGCAGGUAGUGUUUUUAUGAAUGGUACAUGUGGCAUGGCUCAAUGGGUUCAAUGUGCCUUCAGGCAUAGGAACGGUUUCUGUAUGGUGGCUACUUCUGAAAACUGUACUUUAAACUUGGGUUGACGGAUUUGUUGAGAAGAUUACAUUCCAUUUUACUGACAUCUUUUCACUCUCAGUGAAAUGUGUAGACUAUAAUUUCCUGCAGUUUUGCAUACCAAGGUAUGAUGAGGUAUGAACAGCCUAAGAUAAAGUGAACAACUUGGUAAAAUGGCUUGAUACUAUAACUUUUGAUAUUUUAUCUCUUCAGCAGUACAGAGGAUACUUUUGCCAUGUGCUUUUAUAUGGCUUUCUACUCUUUUCUAUUCAGGUGUUUUGUAUUUUCUUUUGGUGUAUUUUAUUCCCUUUGACUCUUGAUUUGACUCCUGGAAUGUAUGUAGUUCUCAGUAGUAUGGUGUGAGGGUUAGAUGUGCUUUGAAACGGGGCAGUUUUUGCUUAGGAUUUAGCUCGAACCAGGUGGUUUACGGUAACAUUUAUCUUCGUUGAAAGUACAUCAUGAGAAGACGAACUAAAACCAUGCUUAAUAUAAACUGAAUAUUAAAGUAACUUGGUAGAAAGCUGCAUUAAGGCCAUUUAGUAGUCACAGUAGUGCCAGUUUCUUCUAAUUACAGUAUCUCAGUUUAAAAAAAAAAAAAAAAAAGACGGGAUGGGGGAUUCAGGAUUUGCAAGUUAUACCCUUGAGUAUGUUACAUGGUUAUGUGCUUUCAUGUAAGUGGAAUAAAAACAUUCAAAUGGA